AGUAACCCACGGAUUACGACAACAUUUCGCAAGGUCAGUGCCUCAGAAAUGUAUCAGGGAACCAAUGAAAAUUUGAAGCUUUUCGUCAGAGUGAAGUGGGAAGGAUGUCAGAUGUAAAUGCUAGCGCAGUGGAAACUAAUUCAAAAGGUGCCAGUGUCUCUUACAUUCCUUACAUAAUGUCAGAGAGUGAAGCCAUGAAUCAAGAGCAAGAGACAGCUGAGGAGGUUGUUAAAGGGGAUGUGAAGGCUGCCAUCCAGGCAUUGUAUAGUGCUGCUAAUGAACAGAGAUCCACAGACAAAGAAGAGAUUGUGAAAGGUGAUAUGCAAGCAGCACUACAGUCACUUCAGAAGUCUAGUGUUAAUGUGUCCCAAGGGGAUUAUAAAGCAGCAAUGAUUUAUAGGAAAGCAGGGCAAUUUUACUCAGAGGGCAGAAAGAAAAAAGACUCAGGGACUGUGUACAAGCAGAAUGUAAUGUCUGUGCCUCCAUCUGACACUGAAUUGUCCCCUUCGGUUUCAGUAACCUACAAGGAGCAUCAGUCCCCGGCACCAAAGAAUUCAGCACCUGUCGUUAGUUCCAGCCCAGCGGAAAGUUCUAGAGCUUCCAUCCCCUCUCCUUUGAUAAAUGAAGGUCUGAUUCCGCCACCCCUUCCUCCAAAGACCUGUGAUCAACUUAAAGAGUUAAAACCAGCCCUGCCACUAAAGCCACAGUGGCAUACCAUAUCUCCUACUGAAUCCAAUAACAACAACAGUGACGCCCCUUACAUUCCGGCCAUCCCUCCCAAAAUGAAAAUGGGAAAAUCAACUCCUCCACCUUUACCACAAAGGACUGCUUUCAUCAAGAAUGAAGAUUCACACCACUUGCAUGCCGUAAAAGAGACAGAGAUGCAACAGUUGACCAAUACAACAGAACACCGAAUUGCCAAAAAGACUAAGCAAUGCACUGAAAGAUGGGAACAGGAAAAAACAAUUGAAGCUCUCUCAGAUAAUACCACAGCCAGCAAACACACUACAGCUCAAAGUGCUGCUGAGAUGGAGAGAAAUGUUGUACAAAAGAUAAAUGCUGCAGAGGAGAUCCGCUUGUGUAUGCAGACUUACUCUACAGACAGUGAGGCCAAAAACGAACUGAAUAUGGGCUUCAAAGUCGCCCUUCAAAACUUUGGGGGAAGGAAAAAGGGAGCUGAGGUGGAUGAAACUGCAAAAUUGACAAAGAAAGCCAAAGCUGUCAGAGAGACAGAACCUGCUGGCAUUUCCUAUGGAUGUGCUUUAAAUACACAGGGCAACACCCUGACAGGGAGUGUCAGCCCACCGCCUGUCUCCCCCGAGCCUCAAAGGGACGAUCAUUCUAACACCACUGUCAUCUUAAGGGAAAAACGAGGGAGGAGAGAAACUGAAGAUGAACGGCGCCAAAGGUUAUCUGUGCACAGGGAUGAAAUCAUGAGGGGCAAUGUGAAAGCAACAAUGGAGAUUUUUGAAAAUCUCAGAAAACGGGAGGAACUAAAGACAAUCCUUUGCCAAGUUCAGGAAAUGGAGGGAGACACAAGUGAAGUAGAUGUUAAAUAUUUGAGGACUCUUUAUGAGAAUGUGCCCUCUUGGGUAGUAAGACAAAGUAAAGUUCAAAGGCAUAGUAAUUCUACAUAUGUAAAGAAUGUUGAUGCAGAGACAGAAUCACUGAGGGAUGAAACUGACAGUGUGUCCUCAGUUGAGGCAGCAUUUGAAGAUCUGGAAAAAGCAAGUAUAGAUAUAAUAUGUUUAAAAGAGCAGACCUUAGUAAAACUUUUGGAAAUAGAAGAGGCAAUAAAAAAGGCUUUGUACUCGGUGUCAAACUUGAAAUCUGAGGCAGAUAUCAUGGGAUUAUCAGGACUUUUUAAUGAAUCCCUGAACACAGAGCAAUGCUCCCAGAACACGAACAACAUCAGGAAAAUUAGUAUUGUCACUAGCAAAGCAAAAACAGAUCAAAGGAAAUCAGAACAAGAGGUCGCCAAAGGAAAAACGAAAGUUGAGGACGUUCAAAGGGAAGUGCCAUUGAAAAAGCCAGAGGUUCUUCAUCCAAAACCAUUCCCAAACCCCCCCUCCUCUCCAUCAUUCAUCUCCAUUCACUCAGCUGCAAGAAAACCUGCAGGGGCACCCAAGUCACCUCCCCCUCAACCCCCACAGUCUACUAACAAUGCAGAGAGCAGGGCUCCAAGUUCCAAUGGUUAUCACAGUCCCAAUGGUGAUCUGAAUCAAUCCUGUGAAACAAAGGUAGCAAACCACUUUUAUAGUCCAAAAACCCCCAAACGAAAAGUCAGCAUACUAGAAGUGCAAACACUGCCAGAGCCAGAGCCAGUAGCCGGAAUCAUUGGAACGAAGACAGUCAGCGAAACAUAUGAAGAGAGAGACUGCUUUGGCAAUUCAUUCGUCUCUUCCACUACAUCAACCUUUGUCACAAAAGAGACCAAAGCCUCUUCUUCUCGCGAGGUUCUGACCAAUCCAAACAAAUCAGUUCAAGUGAUUGCAUCCCCUCUAAUGCACAGGUCUGAUCGCACAUUUGCAGAAAGGAAACAGUCUCAUGUUAAAGACAAUAGCAAAGUGUUUGUUACAUUUGGCCAUACCAAAACAGGAAAACAUUAACAGGCAUCUCCCUUAAUGCAUAUAAGAGUUCCUUUGUUUAUAUUGUUACCUCUUAUAUGAGGCCAAUUUAUUCAUAAAUGUGUCUUUUUUGGAGAACUUAACUAAACAUAGUACUUAUCAUUCUUAUUAUUGUCUAUCCUUAGAAUGACUUUGUAUGUUUUUAACAUUUUUUUAUGUUUUAAAAGAUUUUUCUCAAAGUUUAAUGUAGAUUAUUUUAUACAGUAUUGUUAAUAAAUUGUCUGUAUUGUUUGUUUAAUAUGACUGUGUGUAUGAUAUAUUCAUGUCAUUGUUAAAUAAAAUAACUCUGUGUUUUCA